GAAAGAAAAGCAAAGCAGCAUAUACAAUCACACUCAAACAAAUGUCAUCGAAUAAGGAAUACGUUACUCUAGUCUCGUCCAACGGAUUUAAAUUCGUGGUGUUAAAGGAGGUUGCUCAAAUAUCGUCAGUGCUCCAAAACUCGCAAGGUUUUGAAGAAGGAAAGACGGGACGUAUAGAAUUAGAUAUGGAAGGGGAUAUCUUGGAAUGUAUUGUCGAUUACCUUCAUUAUAAUUACAAAUACAAGAACUUGGAGGACAUUGGUGAUAUUCCUCAGUUUAAUAUUCCUACGCAUCUUGCCUUGGAGUUGUUGGUUAAGGCUGACUAUUUAGAUAUAUGAGAAGCAUAGAUGUUAUAUGGAUGCUGCUGUUACUGCUGUUAUAUACCCUCACCAGAAUAAGGAAUACGCUUAAAAGUAUCAUUCAGAUGUUACUAUCCAAAUUGUUGGUGAGUUCAGACUGGUAUUAGUAAUAAAACGGAGGAAGGUUGUAUAUGUAUUUAUAGACAACUAUACAUGUAAAUGUGUAAAAAAAAAUAAAGAACCUACUGUAUUACAUGUUGGUAUUACUUUACCACCAAUAUAUCUCUUCCUAUUGUUUACUUUAAACCCGUGACCAAUAUAUCUUGGCAGCACAUU